UUGGAUCCACUUAGAGCUGGGCAAGCAAUGCCUCAGAGCCGCUCACAGGCUUCCCACUGUCCGCAUGGCCACCAACAGUCAACAGUACAUCUCUCUGGGGCAGAGCACUAUGAUGUAAACCUAAGUAUUCCUGCUACCGUUGCUUCAUCACCAAAGUUGUGAGUCGUCUUGACAUUGAGAUGUAUUGCAGACUGCGGCCCAUGAGCUUCAUCAGCAAGUGCUUCCCGUCCUCCUCACAGCCAGCCACGUUGUGUCGGCUGCAUCUCACAGGCCGUGACUAAGCCUUCCUCCGAUCCUGGCGCCGCGCUGUUCUUCAUGUAGUCCGGCUUCUCUGAGGAUGUGCUCAGCUUUGAUUGAACAAGAAUGGGCAUGUUCCCGCUUUGAGGUGGAGCCAUGAUGAGAAGAUAGAACAAAUAAUAAUGCUUUUCCGCAAUCGCUUCUUGCUGUUGCUGGCCCUGGCUGCGCUGCUGGCCUUUGUGAGCCUCAGCCUGCAGUUCUUCCACCUGAUCCCCCUGUCGGCCGCGAGUAAGAAUGGAGUUAGUAGCAAGAGUCGAAAGCGAAUCAUGCCAGCCCCGGUGACAGAGCCCCCUGUGAUGGAUCCCGUUUAUGAAGCUCUUUUGUACUGCAACACCCCGAGCGUGGCCGAGCGCAGCAUGGAAGGCCACGCCCCGCAUCACUUCAGACUGGUCUCCGUGCACGUGCUCAUUCGCCAUGGGGACAGGUACCCACUGUACGCCAUUCCCAGAACGAAGCGGCCAGAAAUUGACUGCACUCUGGUGGCCAACAGGAAACCGUACCAUCCGAAACUGGAAGCGUUCGUUAGUCACAUGGCAAGAGGAUCUGGAGCGUCCUUUGAGAGCCCCUUACACUCCCUGCCUCUUUACCCCAGUCACCCGCUGUGCGAGAUGGGCGAGCUCACACAGACAGGAGUCGUGCAGCAUCUGCAGAAUGGUCAGCUCCUGAGAGACAUCUAUCUAAAGAAACAUAAACUCUUGCCAAGCGAGUGGUCCGAGGACCACCUCUACCUUGAGACCACUGGGAAAAGUCGGACUCUGCAAAGUGGCCUGGCCUUGCUUUACGGCUUUCUCCCAGAUUUUGACUGGACGAAAGUGUUUUUCAGGCACCAGCCAAGUGCCCUGUUCUGCUCAGGCAGCUGCUACUGCCCAGUGAGAAAUCAGUACCUGGAAAAGGAGCAGCGCCGUCAGUACCUCCUGCGUCUGAAGAACAGCCAGCUGGAGAGGACGUACGGGGAGAUGGCCAAGGUCGUGGACGUUCCCACCAAGCAGCUGCGAGCCGCAAACCCCAUAGACUCCUUGCUCUGCCACUUCUGCCACAACGUCAGCUUCCCUUGCACCCGGAGCGGCUGCAUCGACAUGGAGCACUUCAAGGUGCUCAGGACACAUCAGCUAGAGGAUGAGAGAGAGAGGCGGGAGAAGAAACUGUAUCUUGGGUACGCCCUGCUGGGCGCCCACCCCAUCCUGAACCAAACCAUCAGCCGGAUGCAGCGGGCUGCGGAAGGCAGGGAAGAAGAGAUCUUUGCCCUCUACUCAGCCCACGAUGUCACUCUGUCCCCUGUUCUUAGUGCCUUGGGUCUGACGGGAGCCCGGUUCCCACGGUUUGCUGCCCGGCUGAUCUUUGAGCUCUGGCAGGACAGAGAAAAGCCCAGCGAGCAUUUCGUCCGGAUUCUGUACAAUGGCAUGGACGUCACGUUCCACACUUCUUUUUGCCAGGAUCACCACAAGCGUCCUCACAAGCCUAUGUGCCCCCUCGAAAACCUAGUCCACUUUGUCAGAAGGGACAUGUUUGCCGCCCUGGGUAGUGGCAGCACUAAUUACUAUGAUGCGUGUCACAAGGAAGAAUUCUGAAAGGCACACAGCACGGUGCUUGUGAAACUCUCCGCGGAAGCAGGACCGUACCUUUCUCGUCCUUUCUGUGGCUUGGGAACACGAUGCUGGUUUUUAAAGGCUAGAAGUCCUGUUUGGGGGCCAGAUAGAUGGUUUGGGGUGGAGAGUCACUGGGCUGCUGUAAUCUGAUACUUGAGUUACUUGGUACACAAUUCCCAUUUCAUAGAGCUAGGAAGGUACUUUACCAUCGUCAGACUGUGCUUUGAAAGCCCAAAGAUGCCAAUCCAAAUUUAUAUUCUUUUGGCCUCCUGUGGUACAGAGGAUGGAACCAGCAAACCUCAGCCAACAUCCCCUUAAGCCUGGACACUCUUACUUUGUCCGCGGUCAGUAAAAAAAUGUCCUGCAGUGAUUUAUCCAAAACCAAGAUUGGCAAACUUUCUCUGUAAAGGGGCAGUUAGCGAUCAUUAUAAACUCGGCGGACAGGGAGGCCUCAUGCCGCCCCAGCAACUGCUGGUGUUGGGCAUGAGCAGCCUUCGACAGCAUGUGCACACAGGAGCCGGGCUGUGCUCCUGCCCUUGUCAGGGACCUUUAAGUUGGCUCCGUCCCACAGCGACCCUGUGUGCAGUAGGACAGAGCACCGCUGGGCCUGGGCCAGCAUCAAACGUGUUACGUCCGAUAGGAUAUUGUCGGCCUCUGUGUCACUCUGGCUUGUUGAGGCUCUUCUGAUGCCCUCGGCUUUCCAAAGCAUGAUGACCUUCUGGGGACUGGGCUCUCCUGACAAAUGUCCGAAGUACAGGGGUCAAGGUCCUGCCGUCGUUCCCUCUAAGGACCGUUUGAGCUGUACUCCUUCCGAGGCAGACCUGUUUGUUCUUUGGUAGUCCGUGGCACCACACUUCCAGUGCAUCCAUUCUUCUGUCUUCCCGGUGCCCACCUUUCACAUGCAUAUGCCGUAAUUGAAAACACCAUGGCGUGGG